GGAGCGUGGCCCCGCCCCCCGCACGAAGGACCCCGGCACCGCCUUAUGAUUGGCUGCGGGCGCGCGGCACUUCCUUUCCUCGCUCGCUGGCAAGAAGGCCGUCGCCGCGAUGAACGAAACAGUGACCAUCAGAACCAGGAAGUUCAUGACAAACAGGCUUCUUCAGCGCAAGCAGAUGGUGAUUGAUGUUCUUCAUCCUGGGAAGGCCACAGUCCCCAAAACAGAAAUCAGGGAAAAGCUGGCGAAAAUGUACAAGACGACCCCUGAUGUUAUUUUCGUCUUUGGCUUCAGAACUCACUUUGGUGGUGGCAAGACAACAGGUUUUGGCAUGAUCUAUGAUUCCCUGGACUACGCAAAGAAAAAUGAACCAAAGCACAGGCUUGCUAGGCAUGGCUUGUAUGAAAAGAAGAAGACUUCCAGGAAGCAGCGAAAGGAGCGUAAGAACAGAAUGAAGAAAGUCAGGGGCACAGCCAAGGCAAAUGUUGGUGCUGGCAAGAAGAAAUGAAGUAUCUAGCAGUAAAUGAGCAUACUUCAGAUGGAAAAUGGAUAACAGACUAUGUUAUUCUAAGAAGAAAUACAGACUUGCUCUGGAAAGAAGCUGCUCAUCUGGCUUUAACAUCAAAUAAACUAUGUCAGUAAAAUGCUGGUUUACCCUUUGAUUUUGAUUCGAAAGCUACCAUUUUGUAAAGUUUUGAGAAAAUCAAGAUUGGUGCACUGUUUGCACUGUAUUAAAAUCUUUACAUAAUUAA